AUGACCACCUUUCUCGGGAGGCUGACCAAGCACUACUCGAAUGUUCACUUGAAGCUCGUCUUGCUACAUGCUCCCCGGGAUAAUCCAACUACUCUCGACUUUAAAUGUGCUUGUAAGACAUUCAAAAGAAAUGGUCUUGUUUUCAACCCCUCCCUGGGCGCCAUAGAGGAAGUCAUAUGCUAUGGAAUCGCCUCCGUUUACACUCCACCAGAGAACCGUGGUCAUGGAUUUGCGGGCCACAUGAUGAGCCUCCUACAUUGGGUGCUUGGGGAUGAACAUUUUCUGUCGAAUCAUGACUUUCCUAUCUCCAAGUGGGGAGAGCCGCCAGUUGCUGCUUCUGGGUUUCGAAAUGGCCGCUUCAGCGCGCUGUGGAGCGACGUCGGAAACUGUUACUCCAAAUGUGGGCCUCUUUCAUCCACCGGAGGAGGUUGGGUAGUCCGAGGCACUUCUACUACAACGUGGGAUGUUCGACCAGAUUCCGCUCCUGAAGCCGGAGGCUUAGACUGGGUGUGGCUUGACGACUCUGGUGUUUCAAAGCUAUGGCAGAGCGAUACCCAAAGCAUUCGCCGUUCUCUAUCAACAAACAGUCGUCUGGCGUUUGCUUUCCAGCCUUCACACGGUGUCGCCUCCUAUCCAUCUCGUCGCCUCAGCAUAUACACGGAACGUCUAGCGAACCCACCAGUGACCUGGGGUGUUGCCUCAACAGACUGCGAAACGUAUACUACUUGGUCAAUUGAUCCACGACCUCCCGGGCCUCUUCGCCUCAUUGUCACGCGACUUCGGGCGGACAUACGCAACCUGGGGCCGCUGGUACACAAACUGUUCGAGCUUGCGCUCCAGCAUACCGUGACGCAGAUUGAGAUCUGGGGACUGUCUUUGGAAAUGGAGGAGGCUGCGAAGAAACUUGGCGCGAAAGUACAGCAACGAGUGGCACAUCUCCCCGCCUUUAAGUGGUACGGGGCAGAGUCAGAGUCAGAGAUAACAUGGGCAUUCAAUGAACACUUUUGUUGGUGUUGA